CGGCUAGCUUUGCGGCCGUGCCGCUUUACGGCAGCGGUGUUGGCGCCCCGACCGGCGUUGCCGAGGUUACGGCGAGCGCGUGGAGCCGAGACAGAGCAGCUACCCGGGAAAUGGCGGAAGCAGUUUUCCACGCCCCGAAACGGAGGAGAAGAGUGCACGAGAGUUACGAGUCCCCCUGGCCCAUCCCUUUGGCUCAGGACUGUGGUCCCCAGAGCGAGUUCAGAAUGUUCCGCGCCGAGAUGAUCAACAACAGCGUGGUGGUGAGGAGCCCGGAGGACAUCGGGCAGCUGUACGGGAAGGGCUACUUUGGAAAAGGUAUUCUGUCAAAAAGCCGUCCGCACUUCACAGGCUCAGAUGCUAAGCUGGUGGCGAAGUGGAAAGAUAUAAAGACUAACAUGCCUGUCAUCACAUCAGAAAAGUAUCAGCGCCGUGCAGAGUGGGCCGCGGAGCUCAUGCGCAGGCAGGGCCAGGAGGAGAGCGCAGUGCGCCGCAUCCUCGAAGAUUUCACGCGGCCACUGGAGCGACCUCGGGUCGGAAGGGCUAAAGGCGGCCAGUUGCAUGGUGAGCCUCGCUCAGAGACGGCGUCCACCAGCGAGGGCACAGCAAGGAGCAAGACACUGUCUGUGACCAACGGGGACUCCGAAAAGGCGGGCAGUGCAAGCCAGCCCUCGGACUGCCUGCAGGAGGGCCCUGGGCCCGAGCCACUGAGCACAAACAGCUUGGAUGAGUAUGUGCCGGAAGACCCCACGCCUAAGCCCCAAGUCGGUCGCUGUGAACAGGACGGCCUCGCCCCUGGAUGUGGCUCCCAGCCCAAGGACAGCAGCCGUGGGGCAGAGCUCCCCUGUGCUGACCAGGAGUGCGUGCUGGUGGAGGAGGUGGUGUGCGAUGGGAGCCCGAGGGAGGACGCCCCAGCUGGGGAAUUGGUGCAGAGAAGGCAAUUAGUGUGCAGAAGAAAUCCAUACAGGAUCUUUGAGUAUUUGCAGCUCAGCCUCGAAGAGGCCUUCUUCCUGGUGUACGCUCUGGGCUGCCUCAGUAUUUACUAUGAGAAGGAACCUUUAACGAUAAUGAAACUCUGGGAAGCCUUCAGUGCAGUGCAGCCCACGUUCAGGACCACCUACCUGGCCUACCACUAUUUCCGAAGCAAGGGCUGGGUGCCCAAAGUGGGGCUCAAGUACGGGACGGACCUGUUGCUCUACCGGAAGGGGCCUCCGUUCUACCAUGCAAGCUACUCCGUCAUCGUUGAGCUCGUGGACGACCGUUUCCAGGGCACGGCCCGCAGGCCAUUCAGCUGGAGGGCGCUGGCCGCCCUGAGCAGGGUCUCAGCGAACGUCUCCAAGGAGCUUAUGCUGUGUUACUUGAUUAAACCCUCUACCAUGACUGACGAGGAAAUGGACUCCCCAGAAUGUAUGAAAAGAAUCCAAGUCCAGGAGGUGAUUCUGAGCCGCUGGGUUUCUUCACGAGAGAGGAGCGACCAAGACGAGUUCUAACGGUUCACCCCCAGAUUUCUGACUUCACCGACAGAUACUUGUUGAGCCUCCUCGCUGCGCCGAGUUCAGGGCUGGAUCAGGAGUCCUGUUGCUGGAAUUGCCUGUUGAUAGAGGUGUUAAGGGCAUGCUGCUGCCAGCCCCCAAAUUGUUAACAGUGUUUUAAAAGACAAGAUUACGUCGGAGAGAGACGAGGCUGUGCUGGCCUGAGCUGACUGCUCUGUCCGCAUCCGCUUGGCGGGGCCUGGAGGACUCUUCCAGAGAUGGGGCUCCCCCUGCAGUUGCCUGGCAGCAGUAACCGUUGGCAUUCCUACUGCACCGUUCGGUUUAUAAAGCACCUUCGUCCUCACGGGUCUGGUUACCCACGUCUGCUCCCCUGCGGGGAGUGGACCCCGUGUUAGAUUGUUUUCGGCAGGAACAGCAGUAGCACGUCUCGGGUGUCCAGGGAGCCCGUCCCCGUGCUGUGCCGAGGAACGCCUCUGAGGCAGCAGGCGCUGAACAGCUGCUCCGGACAGCACGCACUGUGCAGUCACAUCUUGCUUCAGGGAAUUUGUUACCGAGUAAAUAAAAGUAAAAUAAGAUGCAUGAUAAACUGACGCGU